UAUUAAUUCAUACCAAAUCAAACCCGAAAUUUUAAUUCAAUUAAAAACGUUAUUAUUAAUGAGUAAACUGUAAGAUCUAACAAUUAAGAAAUAUAGAUUUUUUUUAUUAUUGGGUUCAUAACAAUUAUGUUUACUUGAGAUGCUUAUGUAGAAGACCAAUUUAACUUUUUUUCAUAUAUUUUUUUCUUUAUUUCACAAAUGGAAUAUAUUUCACAUAUAUUUUUCAUGAUUCAGAAGAUUCCACCUAUUUAACCAGAAUUCAAUCAAUUUCAGCAAAAUAAGUUAAUUCUAUUUACUUUAGUAUUAUCAAACACUCUAUAUUAGACUAAGUUUACUUUUCUUUUAAAUCACAUUAUAUGCGAUCCGAUAGAAAUUAAAUUUCAAAUUAACUAAAUUACAUACUCUCGUGCAUCACACGGGCUUGAAAGCUAGUAAUAAAAUAAAUGAAAUAUAGCAUGACAUUGAAACCGUGCGCGCAUUGCUUCUAUAAUUGUAUAGUAAUGAUGUACUUUAGUUAUGAAUAUUUUUUACUCUUCCUUCCCAAAAUGAAAUUUCUCUUUCGAUUUGCAAAACUUGUACUUCGUAUAAUGAUAAACCAACUCGUUGAUGAUAAUAUUUACAUUAAAUUAGUACUGAAACUUGAAAUCUACGUAGUUACAAACUGCAAUGAAUUAUAUUCUAUGAAAAAACUAAGCUAGAAUAUGACAAAAUUAUGAUAUACAAAAGGUAAAAAUAAAGCUUUGUCGAAUGUGCCGCAUGAAUAUUAAAUGAAAGGGAAAAUUCUCAAAAUAGAAGUAAAAACAUUAUAUAAUUAAAAAAUAGGGCUGCAAUAUUUUCACCCCCAAAUAGGAAUAAUUAUUGUCAAUUGAGUUUGAAAAAUACUAUCAUGCUUAAAAUCUGAAAUGUAAAGCUAAGACAUGUAAUAAUUUUGAUUACUGUUUGGAGAAUAAAUGUAUGACAAUCCUGUACAUUUUGAAAUUAACCAACGUUUUUUACUUCUAUUUGGGACAAUUUCUUUAAAGGAGAACAUCAUUUUGGAACAUAUCACAUAUGAAGUAGGAGUAUUACAUUAUUUCAAUCUAGAGUUAAUAUACUUAGGUGUUGUAGGGUUUGGUCACCGUCCCAUAUUUAGAUUGGACCCGUUAGACUUUAUUGUUUGACAAUUAACUAGAAUUUUUGUAUAUAUAAAUAUGCACACAAACUUUUACCUUGCAGGACUUCAACUAUAUAUAUAUAAUAUAUCUACUUUGGUUUUGAAGGACUUGUCAGAUUUAUCUCGAAAAUUUGGAGACAAUGUCUUAAAGGCCACUACGAUAUUUGAAAAGUUAAUCACCGAUAAGAAAGAAAUUGAGGGGUUACCUUAUCUAACUCUUAGUUUGGCAGCAGAGAAAGCAAUUUCCAAGGGACAUGAAAAUGCUACUGCUAAAUAUGGGCCAUGGAUUAUUACAUUAGAUGAACCAUGUUUUUUGUCAGUGAUUAAACAUGCAAAAAACCGCAAGUUACGCAAAGAAAUUUACUGUGCCUAUAGAACUCGUGCUUCAAGCGGAGAGCUUGAUAACACGCCAAUUAUUGACCAAAUUCUAAAGCUUAGGUUGGAGAAGGCUAAGCUUCUUGGAUUUAAUAACUAUGCGGAGGUUAGCAUGGCUAGCAAAAUGGCAACUCUUGAUCAAGCACAAGAACUCCUUGAAAAACUUCGCAAUGCAUGUUGGGAUAUUGCCAAUACAGAUGUGCAAGACCUUAAAGACUUUUGCAAACGUCAAGGUGCUCUAGAAGCUGAUGAUUUCAACAGUUGGGACUUCAUGUUUUGGAGUGAGAGGCUUCGUGAAUCCAAGUAUGAAAUAUAUGAGGAUAAUUUGCGUGCAUACUUUCCAUUACCCAGGGUCUUGGAUGGUCUUUUUGAGCUUGUGAAUAAGCUUUUUGGUAUACAUGUUGAAGCUGCUGAUGGUUCAAUGCCGGUUUGGCACAAGGAUGUGCGCGUAUUCAGUGUGAAGGAGGGUUCCUC